AUGGUGCCUUCAUAUCCACUACCGGAGGGUUUCUCAGAGCUCGAUGUGUUUGCACUGGGUUCUUGUCUACUCGUUGAAGGUCUGCUUGGAUUUCUCUUAAAUGCUGUCACCGUUGUUGCUUUUCUUAGAAUCCGAAAUUUACGAACUCCGAGUAAUUUCUUGAUAUUCUGCCUGGCUUUGGCUGACAUGGGCAUCGCAUCCAACGCCACAAUCGCAGCAUUUUCAAGCUUUCUGAGAUACUGGCCCUAUGGAUCAGAAGGAUGCCAGACCCAUGGCUUUCAUGGAUUCCUGACUGCACUUUCCAGCAUUCAAUUCAUCGCAGCAAUAGCAUGGGACAGAUACUCUCAAUACUGCACCAGAACAAAGUUGCAGUGGAGCCAUGCUAUCACAAUAGCUGUCUGUAUCUGGCUCUUCUCUGCCUUUUGGGCAGCUAUGCCCUUGGUUGGUUGGGGAGAGUAUGACUAUGAGCCACUAAGGACCUGUUGCACUCUGGACAUAAGCAAAGGCGACUGGAACUAUGUCAGUUAUCUGAUUCCAAUGGCCACUUUCAACAUGGGAAUUCAAGUGAUAAUUGUGUUCUUCUCAUACCAAUCCAUUAAAAAGACAUUUAAGAAGACCGGCCAGGAAAGGUUCAACUGUAGCACCCCUCUGAAGACCCUGCUUUUUUGCUGGGGCCCUUAUGGGAUACUUGCCUUCUAUGCUGCUGUGGAAAAUGCAAACCUUUUAUCUCCUAAACUGAGAAUGAUUGCUCCUAUUGUGGCUAAGACCUCUCCCACCUUCAAUGUGUUUGUUUACGCUCUUGGAAGCGAGAGCUACAGAGGAGGAAUCUGGCAGCUGCUCACUGGACAAAAGAUUGAACCUCCUGCUAUUGAGAAUAAGGUUAAAUAACUAAACAUGCCAAACUGCUGUAUAAUAAUUUAGAAAUAUCUUAAAAGUAUGACAACAAACUGAUAUUUUAGCAACACUGUUCUUGAAUAUUCUUCU